AGGUGGCAUCUGUGAAACUUAUCGUCUGCUCCCGUGGAUGCCGACUAGAAGAGCUCCAGAGAGGAAGCUGGCAGGCUGACAACAGGCAGAUACAGGACGGACUUUCUGGCUACUGACCAUUUAGCUGUGGCAUACCCGGAUUGUGUGUAGGUGGGAAAUCGACAAUGAGCUCCGUUGCAGUUCUGACCCAGGAGAGCUUUGCUGAGCACCGCAGCGGACUAGCUCAGCAGCAAGUGAAAGUUGCUGCUUUAAAUUCCGAAGAAGACAAUGAUCCUCCGACCUACAAGGAUGCCUUCCCCCCACUCCCUGAAAAAGCUGCUUGUUUGGAAGCUUCCCAGGAACCUGCUGGUGCUUGGAGCAACAAAAUCCGACCAAUUAAGGCCUCAGUCAUCACUCAGGUGUUCCACGUCCCCCUGGAAGAAAGAAAGUACAAGGACAUGAACCAGUUUGGGGAAGGUGAACAAGCCAAGAUUUGCCUGGAGAUCAUGCAGAGAACCGGUGCCCACCUGGAGUUGUCUCUUGCCAAGGAUCAAGGCCUUUCCAUCAUGGUCUCCGGCAAACUGGAAGCAGUCAUGAAGGCUCGGAAGGACAUUGUCGCUCGGCUGCAGACGCAAGCUUCUGCGACCGUUCCCAUUCCCAAGGAGCAUCACCGCUUUGUCAUCGGGAAGAAUGGAGAGAAGCUCCAGGACCUGGAGCUGAAAACCGCAACCAAAAUCCAGAUCCCCCGCCCCGAUGACCCCAGCAACCAGAUCAAGAUCACUGGCACCAAGGAAGGGAUAGAGAAGGCCCGGCACGAGGUCCUCCUCAUCUCUGCUGAGCAGGAUAAGCGUGCUGUGGAGAGGCUAGAUGUGGAGAAGGUGUUCCACCCCUUCAUUGCUGGACCCUACAACAAACUGGUUGGCGAGAUCAUGCAGGAAACGGGGACGAGGAUCAACAUUCCCCCGGCCAGCGUCAAUCGGACGGAGAUCGUCUUCACGGGAGAGAAGGAACAGUUGGCCCAGGCUGUGGCCCGCAUUAAAAAGAUCUAUGAAGAGAAGAAAAAGAAGACCACAACCAUUGCCGUGGAGGUAAAGAAGUCUCAGCACAAAUACGUCGUCGGGCCCAAAGGCAAUUCCUUGCAGGAGAUAUUAGAGCGAACCGGAGUUUCAGUUGAGAUCCCACCUACAGACAGCAGCUCGGAGACUGUGAUACUGCGUGGCGAGCCCGAGAAGUUGGGACAGGCGUUGACUGAGGUCUACGCCAAGGCCAACAGUUUUACAGUCUCCUCCGUCUCUGCCCCUUCUUGGCUUCACCGUUUCAUCAUCGGCAAGAAAGGACAGAAUCUGGCCAAAAUUACUCAGCAGAUGCCAAAGGUUCACAUAGAAUUCACUGAAGGAGAGGAUAAAAUCACUCUGGAAGGACCAACUGAGGAUGUGAAUGUGGCUCAAGAACAAAUUGAGAUCAUGGUCAAGGAUUUAAUUAACCGGAUGGAUUAUGUAGAGAUCAAUAUUGACCACAAAUUCCACAGGCACUUAAUUGGGAAGAGUGGUGCCAACAUUAACAGAAUCAAAGACCAGUACAAGGUCUCUGUACGAAUCCCUCCUGAUAAUGAAAAAAGUAACCUGAUCCGAAUUGAGGGAGACCCUCAAGGAGUACAACAGGCCAAGAAAGAGCUGCUGGAACUUGCUUCCCGUAUGGAAAACGAACGUACCAAGGAUUUAAUCAUUGAGCAGAAAUUUCAUCGAACAAUCAUCGGGCAAAAAGGUGAACGAAUCCGUGAAAUUCGUGACAAAUUCCCCGAGGUCAUCAUCAACUUCCCGGACCCGGCGCAAAAAAGUGAUAUUGUCCAACUAAGAGGGCCCAAGAAUGAGGUGGAAAAAUGCACCAAGUAUAUGCAGAAGAUGGUGGCAGAUCUGGUUGAGAAUAGCUAUUCUAUUUCCGUUCCAAUCUUCAAACAAUUCCACAAGAAUAUCAUUGGAAAAGGAGGGGCAAACAUCAAAAAAAUCCGUGAGGAGAGCAACACUAAGAUUGAUCUUCCAGCAGAGAAUAGCAACUCGGAGACAAUAGUCAUCACAGGCAAGCGAGCAAACUGUGAAGCCGCUCGCAGCCGAAUUCUUUCCAUCCAGAAAGACCUGGCCAACAUUUCAGAGGUGGAGGUUUCUAUUCCUUCCAAGCUUCACAACUCCCUCAUUGGUGCCAAAGGUCGUUUCAUCCGCUCAAUCAUGGAGGAGUGUGGUGGGGUUCAUAUUCACUUUCCAACAGAAGGUUCAGGUAGUGACACGGUCACCAUCAGAGGUCCUGCCCAGGAUGUGGAAAAAGCCAAGAAACAACUGCUGCACCUGGCUGAAGAGAAGCAAACGAAGAGUUACACCGUGGACCUCCGAGCCAAACCAGAGUAUCACAAAUUCUUAAUCGGCAAAGGGGGUGGCAACAUCCGCAAGGUUCGCGACAACACUGGAGCCCGCAUCAUCUUUCCCACUUCGGAAGACAAAGAUCAAGAGCUAAUUACUAUCAUGGGGACAGAGGAGGCUGUCAAGGAGGCCCAGAAGGAACUGGAGGCUCUUAUCAAAAACCUGGAUAAUGUGGUGGAAGACUUCUUGCUCGUGGAUCCCAGGCAUCACCGCCAUUUUGUCAUUCGAAGAGGGCAGGUUUUGCGGGAGAUUGCAGAGGAGUACGGCGGCGUCAUGGUCAGCUUCCCACGGUCCGGGACACAGAGCGACAAGGUCACGCUCAAAGGAGCCAAGGAUUGCGUGGAGGCGGCAAAGAAACGCAUUCAGGAGAUCAUUGAGGAUCUGGAAGCUCAAGUGGUAAUAGAGUGCGCCAUCCCCCAGAAGUUCCAUCGCUCCAUCAUGGGCCCCAAAGGUUCCCGAAUCCAGCAGAUCACUCGGGACUUCGGGGUUCAGAUCAAAUUCCCCGACAGGGAAGAGACUCCAGCUCCCAAUGCAGAGCCAGCUGUUCAGGAAAACGGGGAAGAAAGCGCUGAGGGGAAGGAGGUGAAGGAGGCGGACCCCAGUUCUCCGAAGAAGUGUGACAUCAUCAUCAUCUCUGGCCGCAAAGAGAAGUGUGAAGCAGCCAAGGAUGCUCUUGAGGCUCUGGUUCCUGUUACCAUUGAGGUAGAGGUGUCUUUUGAUCUUCACCGUUAUAUCAUUGGUCAGAAGGGAAGUGGAAUCCGCAAGAUGAUGGAUGAAUUUGAGGUGAAUAUCCAAGUCCCAGCCCCUGAGCUGCAGUCUGAUAUAAUUACUAUCACUGGACUGGCUGCAAACUUGGACCGAGCCAAGGCUGGAUUACUGGAACGAGUGAAGGAGUUACAGGCCGAGCAAGAAGAUCGUGUUUUGAGAAGUUUUAAACUGAACGUCACCGUCGACCCCAAGUAUCAUCCUAAAAUUAUAGGGAGGAAGGGGGCAGUCAUCACCCAGAUUCGCAUGGAACACGAAGUGAACAUACAGUUUCCAGACAAGGAUGAUGAAAACCAGUCGCAGGACCAAAUCACCAUCACGGGUUAUGAGAAGAACACGGAAGCCGCCCGCGAUGCCAUCAUGAAGAUCGUGGGUGAACUAGAACAGAUGGUCUCAGAGGACGUCCCCCUGGACCACCGUGUUCAUGCCCGGAUCAUUGGAGCUCGUGGCAAAGCCAUCCGCAAAAUUAUGGAUGAAUUCAAGGUGGACAUCCGUUUCCCUCAGAGUGGAGCCCCCGAUCCCAACUGCGUCACGGUGACUGGACUCCCCGAUAACGUGGAGGAAGCGAUCGAUCACAUCCUCAACCUGGAGGAGGAAUACCUGGCCGACGUGGUGGACAAUGAGGCUAUACAAGUGUAUAUGAAACCAUCCACUCAUGAAGAAUCCAAGGCCCCAUCCAAGGGCUUUGUGGUGAGAGAUGCUCCCUGGACAGCGGGCAACAAUGAAAAGGCUCCAGAUAUGAGCAGCUCUGAAGACUUCCCUAGCUUUGGGGCUCAAGUGGCCCCUAAGACUCUCCCCUGGGGACCCAAACGAUAGUAAUCUGAAGGCAGAAUCAGCUCUUCCAGCCUGCUGACCUGAAACUACCCCACCACCAAGUACUUCGCCUUGAAAUCUGACCUAGCAGCUGGAUCCCAUGUCAAUUUUUGCCCCCGUGAGGUCUCGUAGUGAAGCCGGAGUGCUGGAUCCUGUGUGCUUCCCUGAGUUCUCAUUGAUUUCCUUAGCGUCCGGUUUGCACUCAGGAUGGGCUCCUUGGCCCUCCGCUUUGGGACAGGCUUUCCACAUUCUUUUGAACACUAAAACCACCAUUAAUUAAACGAUUUCUUAAUAAAGUAACUCAGACUUUCUAAGCUCCAUCGCCCACUCAGCAUGCCAUUAAGCACUCUGACCUUCAUUAUGAGAUCUCCACAACUGUGGCUAGGAGUCUUACUUCCUGUGUCAUGACCUCAGGAAAUAAAUUUCCUUGACUUUGUAAAAGCCAAAA